AAGAGCCCUCCCCUCCUGCCCACAAAACAAUAUUGACAAAUGUGUGUAGGGCGCUUGUCCCAAGAGAGGCAUGUCAGUCUUUUAUUGCCAGUCUGGCCCUGCUGAAUAAUCUGUUGACAGAAGCCUGACCAUGCUUAAAGUACCGGAGUAAUGGCUGCUUCUUACAGCGACUACGCCUCAUCUUAUACCUGCCAGAAACAACUAUAUGAAUGCAGAUUAUCCCAGCAGUCCUUGACGAGUACAUUAGACAGUGCUGGGAGGAUGUUUCUGUGGGCUGGAAGCAAAGGACCUCAGGGAUCAGGAAAUGAAAGAAGGACCAUUUAUCAGAAGAUCAGAGAAUAUGACAUUCUGGACAAGAGGAAGACUGUGACCGCACUAAAAGCAGGAGAGGACAGAGCUAUUCUACUCGGCCUUAGCAUGAUCUUCUUUUCUGUCAUGAUGUACUUUGUCCUGGGUAUUACAAUGGUGCGGUCGUAUACAGACAGUGUGUGGACAGAGGAGUCAAGCUGUACUGUGUUAAAUUCAACUAUUAUUGGGGAGAUUAACUGUAGCUACAGCUGUGGUUCAGAGUGUUUGAGGCAUUCCAGAUACCCGUGCCUGCAGGUGUAUGUCAGCCUGAACUCAUCAGGCCGAAUCCUGAGACUGUCCCACAACGAGGAAUCCCAGGAGGCCAAUCCUGAGUGUUUCUUUGUCCCUAAGUGCCGUAAAGAUCACUCAACAAUGCAUGCAUUGGUACUGAACAUCUCCGAGCGCCUGAAAGCCCAGCAGCAGGUGCGUUGUUAUUCAGACCCAGCAGAGCAGCAGGACAGCGCCAUCCUGACACGCCUCUACGGUCGUGCCGCCAUUCUUGCAUCUCUGAUCUGGCCCACAUGCACAUUUGUGAUUGGUGUGCUUAUCGUUGCCAUGGUCAAGCUCACACAAUACCUUUCCAUCCUCUGUGAGCGCAUAAGCCGCAUCAAGAGGUAGGCCGGACUGCCAUUGAGUCUUGAAAUGGAUCAAUAAAAAAAAAAGAGAGAAACGGGGGUGAAAGAGAGCAACAACUCUCUAACCACUAUGUUCCUCUUAGGACUGGUCUCUCUUCACUUGCAUCCGCCUCGCACUCGAUGGAGCGCAGCAAAAAGUGCAACAGAGCCAUGCUGGAUGGAAUUUGAAUGGAAAAGGGUCAGAAGAUGAACGGUCAAAAGUGGAAUGAUGGACAUUUUUUUGGCUGAACCAGUUUUCUACACCGAUAUGAACAGCUUGGGGAAUAGAGAGCUAUAAGCAGUACUAAGAAAUAGAGAGACUAAUGACAAUGUGCGAUGUGCCUCUGCCUUCUGCCACCUUGUCUUACCAAUUAUUGUUGCGGUGAUUAAGACAGACACAUGCAUACAGUAGUGUGGAGGGUUGAUUACAAUCAGUUACUAGUGGAGCCUACAUGCAUACAUUCAGCGUUUCAUCCCUGGUCUGGUGAACAUCUAACUUUGCUGAAUAGAAAAAUCUAUCACACCAUGUUAAUUGAAAAUGAUUCACUCAUUAUGACUCUCUUAACCGCCCCCCCCACACACACACACACAUGCACAUGCACACACACAUGGAUUUAGGAAGUUGAGCAGGUGAAAUGAUUAUAAAUGACCCAAAGCCUAAACAACAUGUUAAACAUAGUAAGUAUGAAUCUGUAAACAAGUAAUAACGUAGCUGAAUGUGCAACAUGCACUUUGUCUCAUGUUCUCCUUACAUUUGAUCGAUGUGCAGUAAUUUCCACAUGAAUGCAAAUUCCACAGCUCUGCUUAUUUUCAGAAAAUCAAUUGCUUAAAUUACUAAAGCAUCAAUAAGCCCUAAUGGAGUCGUACUUUGUCCUUGAUGACCAUUUUAGUCUGUAAUUAAUUCUUUAAUGGGUUCCAUAGCAUUUUAGUGGGAAACCAAUAGAUGUAACACCAUUCAAUACUGUUUUACCAAUUUAUAUCAAGGAACUUCAUUAACUUGGUUUUAUUCUUAAAUGUUUAAUAGAGGUGUUACAAUAAAAACUAGGUUCUGUAGGAUGUCCCAGAAGCCUUCAUACUUUGGGGAAAUUAACAAAUUUUUAGGAAAAAUUUAAAUUUAUUUACUAACCAUUCUCCACAUGAUUGCCAUUUCAUUGUAAACACACUCUGCGUUGUCUCUCACACUAAUGAUGCACAAUGUUAUCACAUCUGUUGUUAUGCAUGUAAUUGGACUUCAAAUGCAUUCCAAAAACCACAGCUUCCCCGUCUAGCCAUGACCAUGUAUUUCUUUUGUCAAAGACAUUCUUUAAACUAUGAAUACAUUUUUGUUCAACCCUUUACUAAAACGUGUUCAUUUCUCCUGUGUAUGGAGGUUUUUGGGGCAGCUUGUUUCUGUUAUUAUGAAAGUGCCUAAGAGUUCACUUUAUAAUGUAUCCAAACACCAGUGAACAUUUAUAUCUUCUUUUAAUAAAUCUAAGGGCUUUUGCAAGAUGUACACAUUGUUAAAUAUAUGAUCAUAUAUUAAGUGAUGUGUACAGGACAUAAUUAUGACAUUAAAAUAUUUUGGGGAAAUGACAAGCACUCCAUUUCCUGAAAGAAACUAAAUCUUUCCCCCUCUGUAAUGAUACCUUUUGGAAAAAGUUUUAACGUUUUUUUUUAAUCAAAUUAAAACAUUGGAUGACUACGUUUGCAGCAGAUUUGGGUGUCCUUGGCAAAUACUGUAAAUGACAAAAGAUACAACUGAUAAUGCACCUAUACUAAUACUACAAACAGCUGUCAGGCCCUGAGGAACCACAGCCACACACACUAACUGGUGCACUGGUUCCACAAUCUCAUCAUUUCAUUCCAGCCCCUUUAUGUCAGCUGCCUUACACACAGCCUUCUGUUGAUUGUAAUUUUCCAGAGACAGUGUUUAAUAGACAUUGUUAUUUAGAAAAGAGAAAGCCAUAGACAUGUAAUUAGAAGAUGAUGUGGCGGUUUCCAAAGAAACUGUAAUGGGCAGACGAUAACUGCUGCUCAUUGAGAGAGUGACACUUGACUAGGGAAGUGUAAGAGUGCAUCACAUGAUGAUUUCACAAUUCUCUCUUCCUCCCCUUCCAUUUUCUUUGGAGUCCAUUUUCAGUGGCAAAAUAAUAAAUCUUUACAUAACCACUGCAAGCUUACUGUUUACAGGCUUACUGAUGACUAGGCUUAUGUCAGUAGGAUAUUUAUAAGGCUAUAUAAUGAUAAUUGCCUAGCUUUUAUCACAACCUGUGACAAAUUCAUUAUGGCAAAUAAAGAUUUCUUCCAGAUCCUCUUAAAAAUAAGUUGCAAAAUUAUUCCACUUGGUGCAAAUUUAAAGAAUACUAUAAACUCAGUCAAACACACACCAAUCAGUCAUAGCCAAAAAGCAGAUAAGCUGCAGGUGGGACUCCAUGGCUUGAACUUGUUUGUCCAACGUGUUAACACCACAAAUGGUUUGUCGUGUUUCUCAAACUUUUUUGAACUUUUUUUGCAGUGUUGCAAGUCACAUUAUCCUGCUGAAAGAAGUGACUGCCAUUAUGGAAUACUGUUGCCAUAAGGAAGUGUACUUGGUCUAGGCCAAUGUUUAGGAAGUGGGAAUGUCAAAGUAACAUCCACAUAAAUUCUACAACCAGGUUUUCCCGCAGAACAUUGCAUAGAACAUCACAUGUGUUCUGCUGGCUUGCCUUCUUCCCGUAGUGCAUCCCGCUGCCAACAACCCACAAGACUUGCCACUUUUUUAGAUGCUGUGACCCAGUUCUCAUGUAGUGACAAUGUGGCCCUUGUCAUUUUUUACAUUUUCUGCUUUUAACACAUCCACUUUGAGAAAUGAAUUUUUACU